CGCCCUCGAGGACCAGUUCAGCAUCUAUAAACCACCGAAACAACCGGAGGAGAUCACGCCUCUCCAAAUCUGCAUUUCCAAAUCUAAGGGUCAGCUCCAUCAUUCGACCGAGGGAAAUCACCAAGGAGUCCAUCCCACGUGGCAUUGGCUAAUUAGAGCCAAUUUCUUUUGUCGGUUAAAUCGACGGCGAUUAGGGCACUGUGUUGAAUUGAGAGCGCAGUGUGGUACAUUCUUGGGCCGCCUAGUUUUUUUCCUUCCCAAAGAACGGCCAGCGCUACGUAGAUUCCGAAUAUACGACUCAAGAAACAGCCGAGCUAUAAAUUCUAGGAGGGAGAACCGACGGAGCGACGAGUCACCGACCCCGAGAGAAAAGGGGCACAAAGAUUUGCGCUCCUCCACCCGUCGGCAUCAUCCCUUUUUUCGAAUCUCUCUCUCGCCAACCCUAGUUCUCUCCUGCUCCGCCUGUGAUCCCAGUGGAAAAGUCUGAUCAAGAUUUCUGGAGCGCCGAGGAAUCCGUGUCCGGGCUUUUGGAUCGGGCAAUGGAGGCCCAACGAGGCCGGAUCUGAUAUCAAUGAUCUCGGAAUCAGUGCAGUGCGGUGCUUCAGGUUGGAUCUUUGGGGAGUCUCGAGACGGUAGGGAUCGAAGCCGGUGGAUCUUUUUGAGAGUUUAAUGAUUUUUCGAAUCCUUGGAGGUAGGUAAUUUGGGCUCUGCGUCUGCAUUUCUUUUCUCUAUCAUUGGCUGAAUGUUGGUUUCUGCAAGGCAAUUUGAGGAAAUUAGGGUUAUUAAUAACUUGGUAGUACAGUUUGGCCUCGUUUUUGUUAUAUUUUCCUUUCGUUCUUGGGGAAAAAAAGGGAUUUGAGCAGCGUGGGGCUAUGGGAGGUGCUCAAGUUCUCGGUUGAAUAGUUUUCUUGGAAUCUGGAUAUUUCUUGUAUUGUGAAUCAUCGAGUAUCAACAUUCUUGAAGCAUUUAACAGCUAAAGGACACUUUUGAUAAGAUUGGUGAACAAUGGAGAGAUGAUUGUCUACUAGGGCUAUAUCGUCCAGGAAAUUGGGUGGUAUUUAGAUUGAAUAGUUAAGAAAUUGGAAUUCCUCUGGUUGAUGUUGAUUUAUUUUCGGUCGAUGACAGACAUGCAGCCAAUUUCCUGUGGACUGCGAUUGUAGGAGCUAUGUCUGCUAAAGCUAAGGUUUGCACGGAGAUAAUAUAGACGACUCCAAUCUUGCUGCAAGGACCUGUUUCCAUUGGCAGGGUCACAGUUCUUUGAAGUAGGUUUGCCAGGGUCCUAUGGAGCUACAGGGCCUUCCAAAGAGGGAAGUAUCCACAACUUCUACAGGGCAGGACAAAUUUAGCAAAUCUCAGAGGAUUCGGCACAAGAGUGUGCAGUUGGAAGACUCAUUUAUGUCUGACGAGAAUUCAAGAGUGAUAUAUGUCAAUGAUCCAAGAAAGACGAAUGACAAGUAUGAGUUCAGUGGGAAUGAGAUCCGGACAAGUAAGUAUACUGUAAUCACAUUUCUGCCCAAAAACCUGUUCAUCCAAUUCCACCGAGUAGCAUAUUUAUACUUCCUAGCAAUUGCUGCUCUUAAUCAGCUUCCUCCUCUAGCUGUCUUUGGAAGGACGGUUUCUUUAUUUCCCCUCCUCUUUGUGCUUUCUGUGACUGCCAUUAAAGAUGGCUAUGAAGAUUGGCGCAGGCAUAGAUCUGAUCGGAAAGAGAAUAACCGAGAGGCACAAGUUUUCCAAUCUGGCUGCUUUCAGGCAAAGAAAUGGAAAAAUAUACGUGCUGGAGAGGUGGUGAGAAUCCAUUCUAAUGAAACAAUCCCUUGUGACAUAGUUCUGUUAGGGACUAGCGAUCCGAGUGGAGUAGCAUACGUUCUGACAAUGAAUUUAGAUGGUGAAUCAAACUUAAAGACAAGAUAUGCACGGCAAGAAACAACUUUCAUGGACUGGGAGCAUGGUCCAUUUACAGGGUCGAUCAGAUGUGAGCAGCCAAAUAGAAAUAUUUAUGAAUUCACAGCCAAUCUGGAAUUUAAUGGACAGAGGAUUCCCCUUGGCCAGUCAAACAUUGUUUUACGUGGCUGUCAACUUAAGAAUACAGACUGGAUUGUUGGUGUUGUGGUUUAUGCUGGUCAGGAAACCAAAGCAAUGUUGAACAGCACAGUGUCACCCUCCAAAAGGAGCAAACUAGAGAGCUAUAUGAACAGGGAAACCCUGUGGUUGUCAGUUUUUCUCUUUGUCAUAUGUGCAGUGGUAGCAAUAGGGAUGGGGUUAUGGCUAAAACGUCACAGUAAUCAGCUUGAUACUCUACCUUAUUACCGAAGGAGAUAUUUCACAAAUGGUCGUGAUAAUGGAAAGAAGUACAGAUAUUAUGGAAUUCCUAUGGAGACAAUUGUCUCAUUUUUUAGCUCUGUUAUAGUGUUUCAAAUAAUGAUACCUAUAUCUUUGUACAUCACAAUGGAGCUGGUCCGGUUGGGUCAGUCAUACUUCAUGAUUGGGGAUGCACAGAUGUAUGAUAGUGGUUCAGGCUCAAGGUUUCAGUGCCGAUCCUUAAACAUAAAUGAGGAUCUAGGUCAGAUACGUUAUGUCUUUUCGGACAAAACAGGAACUUUGACUGAGAAUAAGAUGGAAUUUCGGAGGGCUAGCGUGUAUGGAAAGGAUUAUGGAAACUUGCGUAAAACUAGUCAAUCAUUGCAGGAAAUUAGUGUUUCAGGAGGUCCCAGACGGAAGCUAAGUUCAGAAAUCAAUGUUGAUCCUGAACUUUUGGCACUAUUGCACAAAGACUUGGUUGGAGAGGAACAAAUUGCUGUUCAUGAGUUUUUCCUUACUUUGGCAGCCUGUAACACUGUCAUUCCAAUAGCUAGCAGAAGUUCAUCUUCUAGUGCAAAUGACUUACAUGAUGAGAUAGAAGUAAUUGAUUAUCAGGGUGAGUCUCCUGAUGAGCAAGCAUUAGUUGCUGCAGCUUCAGCUUAUGGUUAUACUCUCAUUGAGCGUACAUCAGGGCACAUUGUUAUUGAUGUCAAUGGUGAUAGGCUAAGGUUGGAAGUACUUGGCCUGCAUGAGUUUGAUAGUGUGCGGAAAAGAAUGUCUGUGGUUAUUAGAUUUCCUAAUGGUGCUGUGAAGGUGUUUGUUAAGGGUGCUGACAUUUCAAUGCUCAGUGUUCUCGACGAACUGAAUGGCCAUGGGCACAAAGGAGAUGGGAGCACCAAAGUAAGGCAUGCAACAGAGAAUCACUUGACAGAUUAUUCAUCGCAGGGUUUACGCACACUGGUAAUCGCUGCAAGAGAUCUCAGUGAUGGAGAAUUUGAGGAAUGGUGGAUCAAGUAUGAAGAAGCUAGUACAUCAUUAAGCGAGAGGUCAGCUAAGCUUCGUCAGGCAGCUGCUCUUAUUGAAUGCAAUUUAAGCCUUCUUGGGGCUACUGCAAUUGAAGAUAAACUGCAAGAUGGUGUGCCUGAAACGAUAGAAUCCCUACGUCAAGCGGGAAUUAAGGUUUGGGUUCUAACAGGAGAUAAGCAAGAGACUGCAAUUUCGAUAGGUUUUUCAAGCAAGCUGCUAACGCAGGAUAUGCAUCAAAUUAUUAUAAAUGGUGCUUCAGAGAGGGAAUGCAGGAGUCUGUUGGCCGAUGCUAAGGCCAAAUAUGGAGUAAAAUCGACAAACUGUGCCAGUAGGACCUUGAAGUCUAAGAAAAAAUUCAAUAAUGAUUAUCUUGAGACUCCUGAUGAUACAAAAACUUCUAGGGAUUUGGUAGCUAACAGAGGGCCACAAGUGCUUGGGUCUAAUGUGGCUGUUGCUGAUAUGACAGGAUCCUGUGGAGAGAUUUUGACAAGUUUAGCAAAUGCUCCACUGGCACUCAUAAUUGAUGGAAAUAGUCUUGUUUACAUCUUAGAGAAAGACCUGGAGACAGAGCUUUUCGAGUUGGCAACUGCUUGUAGGGUUGUGCUUUGCUGUCGGGUUGCUCCAUUGCAAAAGGCUGGAAUUGUUGAUUUAGUUAAAAACAGGACAAGUGAUAUGACUCUGGCUAUAGGUGAUGGGGCAAAUGAUGUAUCAAUGAUCCAAAUGGCAGAUGUUGGUGUUGGCAUAUGUGGUCAAGAAGGUCGUCAAGCAGUAAUGGCAUCAGAUUUUGCGAUGGGUCAAUUUCGUUUUCUCAAAAGAUUGCUCCUUGUACAUGGUCACUGGAAUUAUCAGCGUGUUGGUUAUUUGGUUUUAUACAACUUCUACCGAAAUGCUGUAUUUGUGUUAAUGCUAUUCUGGUAUAUCUUAUGCACAGCAUUUUCUACAACUUCAGCUUUGACUGAUUGGAGUAGUGUGUUCUAUUCUCUUAUCUAUACAUCGGUCCCCACAAUUGUGGUUGGUAUUUUGGACAAGGACUUGAGCCAUAAAACACUCCUCCAGUAUCCAAAACUUUAUAGUGCAGGGCAUAGACAUGAGAGCUAUAAUUUGCAUCUCUUCUGGCUCACGAUGGUUGAUACGUUGUGGCAAAGUGUUGUUCUAUUCUAUAUUCCUAUUUUCACUUACAGGAACAGUACCAUUGACAUCUGGAGCAUCGGCAGUCUGUGGACAAUUGCAGUUGUUGUGCUUGUGAACGUUCACUUGGCCAUGGACAUCCGCCGCUGGGUUUUGAUUACUCAUAUAGCAAUAUGGGGUUCUAUAAUCAUCACAUAUGUUUGCAUAGUAAUAAUUGACUUGAUACCUAACUUUCCCAAUUACUGGACAAUAUUUCAUUUAGCCUGUUCAUGGACUUAUUGGCUCACUAUCUUACUCACUACAAUUUUAGCGUUGCUUCCUCGGUUUAUUUGCAAAGUGAGUUGGCAGAUCUUCUGGCCUUCUGAUAUUCAAAUAGCCAGAGAAGCUGAAAUAUUAAGGACCCGGCGAUUUGGAAUAGAGAUCUGAAUUAUAUCUUGUAAAAGUUCUAGUCAAUGUCUUUGCGUCUAGACAUUGUAUGGCUUUCUUGUGGAGCUUGUCAGAAAUUUUGCAAAAUUUGUUAGCUUCCAUAUGAACAAUGGGCGAAAGAGCUCUGCAAGAAAAGGGGCUGCCGGCUUUAUGAGCAAUGGAGAAAGCGGAGAACUCACAUCCUGGAUUAAAGACCUCGAGAUGCACAAACGGCGAGGACAUUAGGGUUGGGACAGGCUGCCUGGGCUGGUCGAUCAUUGGAUUGCACAGUGAUCUGAUAGUACAAAACCAUGUAAAAUCAAUCUGACGGUGGAUAACUAGGGCAAACAGGAUACAUAGCUGGGAAAAUAUUACUCAUUUUUCCUUUUUUGUGUGUGUUCAUGUAUCAUUGGAAAAUUGUAUUUAUAUCAUUGAAAAUUGCUGGAAGUUAUUGCAGUA